GCUACUGGGCUGGCUGGGACUGAGUCCUGCACUCACUGCCUCCCUGCCUCUGCCCAUACUGCUGCCUCCUCUACUCCCUCUUCCCGGACCCUUGGAAUCCAGGCACUCCUCUCCCAAGAAGCCAAGAUGUCAAGCAAACGGGCCAAGGCUAAGACCACAAAGAAACGUCCCCAGCGGGCUACGUCCAAUGUUUUCGCCAUGUUUGAUCAGUCUCAGAUCCAGGAAUUCAAAGAGGCCUUCAACAUGAUCGACCAGAAUCGAGAUGGAUUCAUUGACAAGGAGGAUCUCCAUGACAUGCUGGCCUCCCUUGGGAAGAAUCCCACAGAUGAAUACCUGGAAGGGAUGAUGAGUGAGGCUCCUGGGCCCAUCAACUUUACCAUGUUUCUCACCAUGUUUGGAGAGAAGCUGAAUGGAACGGACCCUGAGGAUGUUAUCCGAAAUGCCUUCGCCUGCUUUGAUGAGGAGGCCUCAGGAGUCAUCCACGAGGACCACCUUCGGGAGCUGCUUACCACCAUGGGGGAUCGCUUCACGGAUGAGGAGGUGGACGAGAUGUACCGAGAGGCACCUAUCGACAAGAAGGGCAACUUCAACUAUGUGGAGUUCACCCGGAUCCUGAAGCACGGGGCCAAGGACAAGGAUGACUAACCCCACACUCUCCCCGUUCCCUGAGCCCACCACUCCCCGCCCACCCCUUCCACCUUCCGUGCUCCUCAUGCCCCUUGCAUUCUACACAGCUGCCACAUACCAGGAAGCCUGAUGAGCUCUUACCUGGCCCUAGACCCAACACCUUGCAGAGCAAGAAGGCUGAGAGCCCCGGGCCUUAGAGUGGGGUCUCUCCUGGCUCUCAUCAAAGGGAAUGGCACCCCGGCCUCUAGCCUUCCUGCGGGGAUAUCCAGGGGAAGGUGGAUCUCUACCUUGGCAAGUACCAAUCCUGGGCUCCAGGAGACAUACUUGCUCCACAACUUAUCCACCUCAUGGCCCCACACAUGGGAGGGACCAAUCCAGGUCAGCCAGCCAAAGCUGACCAUCCGAACCCCUUCCCACUGGCCUUCAGGGCCCAGCUUUCCUUCAGCCCUGGUCUGUUGCCACUGCCUCGUCUGCUGAGGGUGGGAGAAGGGCCUAUUUCCCAAUGACACAUUCCUGAUUCUUACGGGGGACCCUAAAACAUUCCUCCUCCAUUGUGCCCCCUGCCCACCCCCUACCCCUUCAGCGUCAUUCACCUGCCUCACCGAAGGUACACAGAGGAGAGGAGCAUGGCCCAAACACCCUGCCCAGCGUCCAGACAGGAGCUGGAGCAGGUGUCCAAGGAAGUGUAUCAUAUUGGGUGUGCACCCGUGCACGUUACAGCAAGUGGUGGCUUGUGUGAAUCCGUGUGUAUGCGUGAUUGUAUGUUUAUGUAUGUAUACGUAUGUAUAAUGUAAUGUAUUCAGGUGCAUGUGUUUCCAAGGCUUAACACUGACUUUAGAUUUGAAGAAAGAGAAAGAAAGAUGAUCCAAAAUAGAAAACACUAGCCCAA